AGCUCCGCCAGUCUAUCUACGCCUGCGAGUGCGCGUCAGUCCCUGACUGUCCGCGCCGAUGCCGGAGAAAGAUGGCGGUGGACGGGCCGGAGCAGAUGGAGAUGGAUGAAGGCAAAGGGGGGACUGGGCUCCGCCAGUACUACCUGUCCAAGAUCGAGGAGCUGCAGCUCAUUGUGAACGAGAAGAGCCAGAAUCUCCGCCGCCUGCAAGCGCAGAGGAACGAGCUGAAUGCCAAAGUGCGCCUGUUGCGGGAGGAGCUGCAGCUGCUGCAGGAGCAGGGCUCCUACGUCGGCGAGGUGGUGCGGGCCAUGGACAAGAAGAAGGUGCUUGUCAAGGUUCACCCAGAAGGGAAGUUUGUGGUGGAUGUUGAUAAAAACAUUGACAUCAAUGAUGUGACCCCGAACUGCCGCGUGGCGCUGAGGAACGACAGCUACACGCUCCACAAAAUCCUGCCCAACAAAGUGGACCCGCUGGUGUCCCUGAUGAUGGUGGAGAAGGUCCCAGACUCCACCUAUGAGAUGAUUGGCGGCUUGGACAAGCAGAUCAAGGAGAUCAAGGAAGUGAUCGAGCUGCCCGUCAAACACCCGGAGCUCUUCGAGGCCCUGGGGAUCGCCCAGCCCAAGGGUGUGCUGCUGUAUGGCCCUCCUGGCACCGGGAAGACCCUCCUCGCCAGGGCUGUGGCUCAUCACACGGAUUGCACCUUCAUCCGCGUCUCGGGCUCAGAACUGGUGCAGAAGUUCAUUGGCGAGGGUGCGCGCAUGGUGCGGGAGCUCUUUGUCAUGGCCAGGGAACACGCACCCUCCAUUAUCUUCAUGGAUGAGAUUGACUCCAUCGGCUCCUCGCGCCUGGAGGGCGGCUCCGGGGGGGACAGCGAGGUGCAGCGCACAAUGCUGGAGCUCCUCAACCAGCUCGAUGGCUUCGAGGCCACUAAGAAUAUUAAGGUGAUCAUGGCCACUAACCGGAUAGACAUCCUGGACUCUGCUCUGCUGCGCCCUGGCCGCAUUGACAGGAAGAUCGAGUUCCCGCCCCCAAAUGAAGAGGCUCGCCUGGACAUUCUCAAGAUCCACUCUCGGAAAAUGAACCUGACACGGGGGAUAAAUCUGCGUAAAAUUGCGGAGCUGAUGCCAGGAGCGUCGGGGGCUGAGGUGAAGGGGGUGUGCACGGAAGCCGGCAUGUACGCCCUGCGCGAGAGGAGGGUGCAUGUUACACAGGAAGAUUUUGAAAUGGCCGUAGCCAAGGUGAUGCAGAAGGACAGUGAGAAGAACAUGUCCAUCAAGAAGCUCUGGAAGUAACUGGGGGAGCCUGACCCCAUUGUGCUGCUGGGUCUUGGCCCCUCACCUUUUCCUUAAUAAAGCUCUGUGCUGGCUGAGUUA